AUGGCAACCAACUCAGAGAGACAGAUAGGUGAAACACUUACGGACAGCUUGUUAAUAGAUAUAUUGACCCCAGGCUAUCUACCCGAUGUAUCUGCAUUACAGGUGCCGCCUGCUGCAUACCAAGGUAAAUAUAAUAAUUAUAAUUAUUAUUCCAAGGCUGUUUUUUAAUUAUUACCUUUUGGAUUGAAAGUGGCCUUGUCAAGCUAUUUGCUAUCUUUUUAAAAAGCUAAAACUUUGUUUCCAGCUCAGUAUUGAAUUCCAAAAAUGAUGGUCCAGUUUUGUUAUUUAAGACUGUAAUUUAGGCAUUGAACCUGUUUCCUGUUAUCUGUUACAACUGAUGGCAAGGAUGGACAAAAAUUGAAACUUGAAAAAGUUUUGGGCCAACUUUUUCAAGUUUUGAUAUUUUGCUUGUAAAAAGAAAAAAACAAGAAAAACAUAUUCUUAAACGUCAGCAAUUUGUUGAACAAUUUGCAUAAAAAAAUCGUAAUGGUUGGGGCUUCCUGUUGAAAUUUGUUUGAUGCCUUCUCCAUAUCUCUAAUGGAGCAUUUUGUGUAUGGGCAUUUUGUGUAUCUUCUAGAUUAAACGCCGGACCCUCGAUUAAACGCCGGCUUCAAAGAAACCCCUGGUUAAAACUGCCGAUUUUUAAAAAGACCGGGUGUGUUUAAUUGGGGCCUGGCAUAUAUUUAUGGUCGAGUUUACAAGGACCAGCUGCAAGUAACUAGAAUCUUGUGAACAGCACUGCUAUGAAAUACGGCUGUACCAAGUACUGGUACAGUGUGUUGUUUUGGUAUUUAAUUAAUAAAUGUUCAAAGGAAAAAUACUGCCUUAACUAAAGUAGGAUGGAUGCUGCACAAUAAAGUGUAUGGUACCAUAAUACUGUAACUUCGGGUAAUGUAUGUACAUUGUCAUCCUUGGAGUUCCUGGGGCAGGACAAAGGUACGUAAAAUCAUCUGACGUGACAAACUGCCCCUGAGUCUCCAAGGGUCAGUAAUUAUAAAUCAACGUGAAAAAAAAAUUGCAUCUCAUUAAUAAACGCUAGACCCCGAUAAAACACUAGCCUCAAAAAAAGGCUGGGUCAAAACUGCCAAUUUUUGAAUAAAUACCAGAGCAGUUUAAUUGAAAAAUACGGUAAGCACAGAAUUGACCAGUGACAACAAUAUCCUCUUGACAUACCCCCUAGUAGGUGGAGGACUUUAUAUUAUACACACAUACUUACAUACAUACAACAUUUGUGUGUAAAUAAAUUUUUUUUACACACAAAUUAUAUUAAUUCAAAGCUACAAGCUUGUGGGGUGGUGUGCAAAAAUUACAAAUAAAAUAAAAUGUUAAGGUGACUCGACCCAGUUUUUUUAGGGGGUACCAUCCUACUUUGAAGCUCUCUGGUAUCCCCACCUUUACUUUUAUCGUAAGUAUAACACAUAGAAUGGAUAACAUAUAGAUCAGUCUACAAUAUAACAUAAAAUUUUUGGCGAUCGGAGUAAAUGUCACGUGGUUAUAAUGCCACAUCCCUUUGAGGUCUGAGUCGAAAAUCUGCUGUUGCCGCCAUUUUUUCGUGAAAAUCUCUCGGCUACACAUAGUGCGCAUUAGUGCCUUGUGCUGAACCAAAAUCGCAAAGACCCAAUUUGAGAAAUUCAGCGGUUUCCAAAUUUAGGUCAUAAUUUAUGCGAAAAUGAUAAGCAAACUUUACACGGAUUAUAUCUAAUAAACUAUGAGAUUCAUCUCUGUAUUUUGGGCAUCCUUAUAACAGAUGGGUCCUUGCAAGUCAGCAAAACGCUUUAGGGCCUUGUAAAUGCGCGCGAUUCCGAGCAAAGCAAACAUAUAGAAAUUAUAGUUUUCGCUAUUUGUUGACGUUUGUCAGCGUUUAAGAGUCAAUCUCACGAAAAAAGCAUUUUCUUUAAAAAUUCGUAGUUUUUUUCCUUCAAAUUUUUACAGGGCCACAAUUGAUUUACUAACAACCCGGACUCUGAAUUUCAUAGUCAUUGAAAAACCGUGACAUUACCUUCUGUAAGCCCAAACUUGAGUAAACAUUGAAGAUUUUUAGCGUUUUGGCUGAGUUUGUGCUUUGGGAGUUGUCUAUUGUUUCUAGUCUGUCAUUAUACAGCAUUCUUGCUCAGCACGCAUGCAAUGACCCCAUUAAAAAAAACUGGGUCGAGUCACCUUAAAAGUUAUUAAUACUAGGGAAUAAAAUCAUUCAAUCAAAAAUGCACAUUAAAAGUACAAAAAACUCCUAGAUCUGUUGUUAAGUUUGUGGGGCUUAAACGUUGAAAUUACAAUCACUAAAAGUGCAAGACUUAAUGACUUUUUUCAGAAAAGAUUUCAUGUCUGUGCAAUCUAAAAUAGAACCAUUUGAACAACCUAUGGUGUUCCAGAGGACACCCCCUCUAUAGGCAAGAAAUGUAAUCAGGAAAUGUAGAGUGUUUUGCUUGUUCAGUAAACAGUAAUAAGAAAUAAUAAGACAUAUAAUUUUUAUUCUUUGUAGGUCCUUACCUGGAGAUUCUUGAACAACCUAAACAGGUAACAAAAUAAAAAAUAUAUAAAUUCUUCUACAUUUAGGCCAAGUGAGGUUUUGAUGUUAGUUGUUAAUGUGGUUCAAUUUAUUGUAUUUGGUUUGAAUUUUAUGUGCCUUUGUUUUCAUACCCGACCAUACCUUUCAAUUUAUGCAAUGGAAAUUAGAACUUAUAUGAUGGUUAGACUUGAACCACACAGCAUAUGCAUGCUACUUUAGCAGGGUUGUCACUAAGAUUUCAAGUUGCCGGGUAAAUACAACAAGUAGGCGGGUAAUCAAACAGUUAGGGAUUUCUUUUGGUUUUUUUUUUGUUCUAUUUUCCAAUAAAAGUAGCCGGGGGCCACUCUCUUAGUAGCCGGGGAAAAUCCCUUAAUGAUAACCCUGCUUUAGAUGUGAUAUUUUUUCUUUGUUUUCUUAGAGAGGCUUUCGUUUCCGGUAUCCUUGCGAGGGCCCAUCUCAUGGAGGCUUACCAGGCCAAUAUUCUGAGAAAGGCAAGAAGUCAUACCCCUCAGUCCAACUGAGUAACUAUCAUGGCCCUGCCCGUGUUGUUGUGUCAUUAGUAACAAUCGACGAGCCUUACAUGCCACAUGCACACAGUCUAAUUGGAAAGAAUUCCAAUGAUGGGGUGGUGACAGUACAGAUUGGCCCAGAGCAUGGAAUGACAGCAAGGUAUUGUAACUUGGACAUUGUAAUGAAAAUUAAGGUUACAGUAAGACAUACAUUGUACAUGUCAGAAAUAUGCUUUUUGGAAAGAGUUUUUUGCCUGGUAACCACACAGCAAUUCCUGUUUCUUCUUAAGGGAGGUCAGAGUUCUCAUUUACCUUCAGUUUUAUAGAUCUGUCCUUAUUGAUUCCUCCUUUUGAAAAUGUCUCCAAAUUGCCAUCCAACUCAGGCCUGUAGCCAGGAUUUUUUAUGGGGAGGUGUGAUCUAUCGUGGAGAUGGACCAAACGAUGCCAGAGGUGCUAGUUUCUGGGUUGGGGGGAAUUAAGUUGCCUGAGACUGCAUUUCAAUUAUUUUGAAAAACUUGGAUAUUUUUCAAACGUUAAAUCUUCAAAAGUAUUUUUUUAAUAGGGUACUUUAUUUUACACUUUGUUAGAAUAGAAAUGUGGGAUGUUAAAAGAAAAAAAAAAGGAGAAAGAAAGUUGUAAAUCCGUAUUAUUCGCUAGGUUUGAUGCAUGAUGUUGCAUCAUGAUCUUUCAAUAGUGUACCAAGCUCAAGCUUCCUUGCAUGUUUCUUAGAAACAGAUCAACCACAGACUUCUUUCUUGUCAAUAUAUGUUAGAUAGUGGAUGUGUUUGUUACCCAGUGAAGAGAGCCUCUCUUGUGCAAUGAAUACUACUUUUUGGUCACAGAAAAUAACUUAUAUUUUAAACAACCCUCAAAGACAAAAGGGCCACACAAAAAGGAACAAUGCAUAUCACAAUCUCCUUCAAGAGAAAAAGGAUCUCAGAUCUCCCUCUUGUAAUUGGAAGGAGCCCAUCAGUGGCUUCUGUAAGUAGCCUGCGUAGCAAGUGUUUCGGUGCAUUUUCUGAGCAAAGAAUGAGAAACAAGAAAAGUACAGUGAGUGAAAGAGUGGGGAGGAGUUGGUCAGCAAGAAAAGGUGGACCACUGGGAUCUGUGGGGGGGGGGGGCAAGUGCACCCAUCACCCCCCCUCUCUACGGGCCUUGCAAUAACCGUAAAUCUCCAUGGCAACCAGCUCUUGUAAGCGACCACCUCCCAUAAGCCCUCACCUAUCCACAGCACCGACAUUUUUCUUUACAGCCUUACAGUCGAUACCUUUCACAAAUGACCACCUCCUGUAACUGACUACUGACCUACUUAGCUGACUUGCAGUUUCUUGAGCUUUGAUAAAGGUGAAACAUGUCAAUCAAUCUUAAUUAUGUCGCAUGGGAAAAUAGCCUUAAGUUAACCUGGAGUAAAAAAGAAUUGGUUGUGUUUGAAGCUUUAUCUUACUUAAAGUAAUUAUUAUAAGUUACUUGUCUUGAAAUAUUUCUUAGCUUUUUUAGGCUCCGGUGUAAAGACUACCUAUGUUUGCUCUAUGUACUGUCUUACUUAGAGAAUACGAAGAACUGUUAACAACUGCAGGGAACUGCACAAUCAUAUAGACCAUCAAGUGGAUGUGCCCAGACCUGACUUCUCAGGAGGGAUCACCUGUUGUUCGAUUCUUGUAAAAGAUCGCCUAUCAUAAGCAACCACUUAGUUUUUGCCUUUUUUGGUAGUAACUCAUCAGAGGUUCAUUUUUAGAAGAUCCUUUGACCAUCAAUAUCUUGUUACUUUGGUUAUUUAAUGCAUAUGAUUGUUAAUAAUAUAUACUUUUUCAAUAAUGAUGAUGAUGAUGAUAAUUUUUCAAUUUUAGUUUUCCAAACCUUGGUAUUCAACAUGUAACAAGGAAGAGUGUGUCUAAAGUGCUGAUGGAUCGAUACCUUAAACUUCAGACACUCCACACAGCAACCCUCAAUGCACUAUCAGUGGACAGCAAGGGGUUUAAUGCGGACACAGCAAUGAGGGAUCAAGGUUUAGCUGAUGGUGAUCUCUCAGAAUUUAAUAAAAAUGUGGCUGAAGCAAUUGCGGGUGAGUUACAAAUAGUAAAUGAAUAAUUCUAAUGUACAGUUUACUUCAACAGCUGUACCCUUAACAGUCUGCUCAUGUAAUGUAAUUUAAUUUAUUACACAAAUAUAAAAAUUUAAUUAAAGAAAAAUGCAACUUUGUGAUUUUUUUUCACAAACAUUUUUCAGUUGGCAUAGAUACAUACACUAGCAUUUGACUUCUAAUCAAAUUGUUCACUGUACAGACCUGAGCCCUCGAGUUGAAGUUUUGAUGUUUUUUGUGGUCUUUUUUUAACUUAAUGUGGGUUUUGACAUCUAAAAAAUUCAUGUGAGAAAUGUAUAUUUUACAGGUGAAAAUUAUAUCCAUGUUAAAAUUUUUAACAUAGGUUGAUUCUCAUCAAGUUCCUUUGUCUCCUAGGGCCAGGAGUUUUAAAAUGGCUUUAUCUUGUUCAUCUUAAUUAGCCAAUUAACACUAAACAGUUCCUGUCAUUUUUAAAUCAGACAGUCAGUGGCUUCUCCCAUAGUGGGUGCAGGGUAACUGAGUUCUGUUUAUCUGAUUUACAGAGGAGGAGUCACGCAAAGUGCGGCAGAUGGUGGAGGAGCAGAAGACUAACAUGAAUUUAAGCGCUGUGCGACUGUGCUUUCAAGCCUACCUUCCUGAUGAGACUGGCUGCUUCACUAAAGCAUUGCCACCUUGUAUCUCAGAUCCAGUUUAUGAUUCAAGUAAGAUGAUCUUAAACUUGGCUUAUUCAUACAUAGGCACUGUAAAUGCUUGCAAAUAUUAUUGAUACUGCUAUAUCCUAUUCUUCAGUUGAUGUUUGAAUUUAUAGUGUCAGCUCUUCUUGGGUGUUAUUAUUAAAUAAAACCUUUGUGUUCAUAGAACUGGGUCAUUUUUAUGCCCCUAUCUCCUCACAUUGGCAAUGACCUCUUGUCACUUUCUCUGUCUCCGUAGUUGCUAUUGUGGUGAGGUUUUAGCUGUAGUCAUAGGGCAUGCAUUGUACAGAUUGUCUGUUAUAUAACCCUUGGCUGUUUUUCCCAAUCAGAAGCCCCAUCAGCGUCCAAUCUGAAGAUUUGUCGCAUGGAUCGCAACUCUGGAUGCGUUACAGGAAAUGAUGAGGUGUACUUGCUUUGUGACAAGGUGCAGAAAGGUAUGUCAUUUUAAAGUUUUUGUACAUGUCAGAUGACAUUAGAAAGGGUGAGAAAAGAUUUUGUCAAUAUUAUAAUUAGCACCCGACUAUCAAAGCAUACAUGUAGGCAUUAGUCUCUGAAUCAUGGUUUCUGAUGCCUGGGAGUUUGGGGGCAGGGAGUGUGUACUCCAUGAUCAGUGUUAUGGUGGGUGUGUAACACUGGUAUCCUGGAGCCAUGGUCUACACCAGACCAUGUUAUAUUAUUACUCUAUUCCCCAGGACACCAGUAAUAGUUGUUGUGAACACUUUGACUCUAAAAUCCUUAUCACCCAUCUGUUUCUUAUGUUUCGUGUAUAUCUGUAAUGUGUUGCAGACGAUAUUGAAGUUGUGUUUUAUGAGACUGACCCUAAUACUGGCAAGAGGUCAUGGGAAGCUCAUGGAGUCUUCUCUCCCACAGACGUCCAUAGACAGGUGCAGUUUAUCCGCAAUAAUAGUAAUUUAACCCAUAUUUAUUUUGGGCCCAGAGAUUUUGGUGAAAAACACAAUUUAAAGCUAGAUAAGCCAUUUCCUAGUCCUUAUCUAACCAAAUGAAGCAAAACUGCCCAAAAGCAUUGUUUACUUUGCAAGUUAAACAUGAUGCUGGCUUUCUUCCCAAAGUAAAGUUAUGUGUGUACAACUUCUGAAGUUCGGGUGUGGGCAGAAUUUGAGUCUGCAUUUUCUACUUUUAUAUUUGCUAAUCCUUUCCUCUUCUCCCCUUCUUUUUUCUUUUCUUUCCCCAUUUUUUUUUCUUUUGCUGGGUAUUUACUAUAAAUCCUCAUUAUAAAGACAGUUUGAAGAGUUAAUUCCAUGAAAACCCCAGGAAAAGAAUCUUUUGAAGGACACUGGUAGCAAUAUUAGAUUGUGGAACAAGAUAUCAUUGGAAGUUUUAGGUCAACGUGACGUGUACUUGGUUUUUUUGCAUUUUUCUCCUACUUAUCUUGAAUCAUUCUCAUUCUGGUAUGAUUUGAAAGAUCUUUUCCCCAUGCAGGAGUUAGGAAUAAAAGUUAUCUAUGACUAUUAAAAUUGUUUUUGUCACAAGGGGUACAAGGGUUAUGCAUGAGUUUUGAAUGUAUUUAAAUUGCAUGCCUUAAACCUGGAGCUUGGAGGGUUGUAAGUUCGAUUCUCACCUGGAGCUCGGAAUUUUUCUGAGUUUUCUGGUCUUAGAAUUCUUCUUCUUUCAAAUUAAACAUGUAAGUAGCAAAGGAUUUGUAGAACAUCCCCCCUAAACUGAAUAACAAUGAAAUUUAUAGGUUGCCAUAGUGUUCAAAACACCUGCAUACUGGAAUGUUGCCACUGAAAAUCCUGUUAAGGUUCAUCUUGAACUGAGGCGGAAGUCAGAUCAGGAAACCAGUGAACCUGUGGAGUUCACUUAUCAACCUCAGAUGUUUGGUAUGUGGCUCUCUUUCUCAUAGCCUAUGAAAACAUCUGUUUCUCCUUGCUCUUCGCCGUUGGGGACGUUUCGUGAGGAGGAAUGUCUGUGACUCAAGGACAGAAAUUCCAUACUGAUGAUACAAAUCAAUGUUUACAUAAUAAAUCCGUAGUCGUGGGGUUCCAAAUAUAUUUUUGUCCAAUUUUCUGAAUUUUACGUGUCUUCUGGUCAAUUUUGGUGAAGUGUUGUGUUCAUCUGCCAACGAGCUCCAGCAAAACUCAAUUGCUUCUUCUAGAGAACACUGUAUUUUGCAAAUAUUGACUGUUUUGUUAGAGAUUCUUCGUGUUUACAUUUGACCUUUGUGGCCUUUUGUCUUUUGUCUGUCAUUCAUAAACAAUAGCUAAAACAAUGUAACUACUCCGUCGACCAAUCAUCGCUUCUGACUGGAUUUCGGACCGAUUUUACGUCAUCAGUAUGGAAUUUCUGUUGCUGAGUCACAGAUGUUUCUCUGCUCGAAAUGUCCCCAGUGGUGAAGAGCGAGGAGAAACGGAUGUUUUCGCAGACUAUCUUUCUCAGAGAUUGUUUAGUUAGAAACAAUGAUAGCUAUUGCUACAGUGUUGACAGAAUCAUCGAAAAUUUGCUAUUUAAAUUAUAUGAAAAAUAUUAAAUAAUAUGCAAGUAGAUAAAUAUUGCAAAAUCAAAGCUGUUGAUUUGAAUGUAUUUUGCAAAAAAAGAAUAUGUAUGUUACAGGCCAAAAUUAAAUUCAGAAUAAUUAUUCACUUAGAAGGGAGGCAAUCUAAAGCAAAGUAGUAGAUGCAUAUUUAAAAGCUUUUUCUACGUCAAUGUUGUCUCAAUCUUAUAAUCCUGUAAAUUUCAUCAAUGUAAAAUCAUUUCUUAUAUGAUUUUGGUGAGUGCAAGGCUUUCCUUGGCAUUGACAGGAAUAAUAUCAGAAUUAAUCUUUUGCAAGAUUUGUUAUUUCUAUUGAGAUGUAUAUAUUGCUUUUGUUUUUAGACAAAGAGCAGAUUGGUGCUAAGAGACGGAAGAAGAUUCCGCAUUUCUCAGACUAUUUUCCAGGGGGAGGGGGUGGCCCACCCAGUGUGGGUGGUGCUGGUGGUGGAGGAGGUUUUGCUGGUUUUGCUGGGUUUGGAUUGUUUCCAACCUUUAACUUUAUGGGAUUACAGUCCAGUAAUCAAGGUGAGUUUAACAGAAGGUACUUGGCUGUUGCAUGUGGCUCUUUUUUAAGGUGCAGCAAAGAUUCUUUGAAAAAUGAUAAGUUAAACAUGUUGUUUUUCCUGUUAACUUCAGCUGCCCUCAGAUGUUCAAACGUUGGAUAGCGCUGUCCACCAGGCCCCAGUUGUUCAAAAGGUGGAUAAUGCUAUCCACUGGAUAACACAUUAUUGGACUGACCAACACUUACAUGUACAUGGAUAGUGAUUUAUCUGGUGGAUAGCCCUAUCCAGUGUUUCAACAACUGGGCCCUGAUAAAUUACUAUCCAGCGAAUAAGUGUUGUCUGCUGGACAGAAAUUUAUCCAGUGGAUAUAAGCGUUAUCCACCCUUUUAACAACUUUGGCCUGAUCUGUAGUACUUUUGUCAGGUAACUUUGUGGACAGUGCCUUCCAUGUUUUGAUACUAGUAACCAUGUUUUUGAAGACAGUCAUUGAUAUUUUUGUUAUGUAAAAUUGAUUUGAUCAGAUUUGUUCCUGACCAUGCAAUCAGCACUCUUCUUGGUCACUUUUUAUAUUCUGUCCUGACUUAUAAUAAUAUUACCUAUGUACGUUGUACCAUUUUUUCCACAAACAUUUGACUUGAUUCACACAACUGAAUCAGAAUAUUAUUGUCUGUCACAUUAAGGAGAUGGCUCAGGCACUUCUCAGCAAGGACAGUCGACUUCAUCUGGGCAGACACAUAUGGCUCAACAAUCAAGCAGGUUACCAGAAUCAGGUUAGUGGAUCAGCUAAUGGCUGUGAGAUUUCAAACCAUAGCACACCAUUAUACUUUAUUGCUUGUUAAUUGUGUUCCAAGGCAGGAAUGAUCCCCAGUGACUUUUAGUGCUGAUUCCAGAAGUUUGUUCUUUAACAUCUGCCUUAGAAACACUUAAAAUGUUUGUUGUCUUGUGUUAACAGUAAAUUGGUGUCAACUUGUUGAGUGGCUGUAUUUAAGACUAGUGACUGGCUGUAUGGUGUGUCCUGUAAGUAGCAGUAAGAUAAUAGUUAGCGGUAUGUUAUUGUUUUCAUAAGUGUUUUGUCUGUGAAUGUUUGAAAUAUAACAAAACAAAAUUUUAGCUUAAAGAAGGGCAAUACAGUGUCGUCGAAAUUUUUUUAUCGGUUUAAUGGUUUUAUUGGUAGUCUGAUUAAAUUUGCCUUGUUAUAGAAAUCUCACUCAAUGAAUUAGCCUGGAAUCUUGCUGAGAAGUCAGCUGCAGCUAUGCGUGAUUAUGCUACUUCGGGUGAUGUGCGAUACCUGCUUGCUGUACAGAGACAUUUAACAGCUGUCCAAGAUGAUAAUGGAGACACGUAAGUAACAUGACUGUGUAUAACUAUAUGUAAUUCUAAAUCUUAACCCUGAUGCGCUUAGUUCAUGCAGCUCUCUUUUUCUGCAGAAGCUCUUGUAGACUUCAAAAGUUGGCAAUGGUUAUAUGGAAGAUGGAAAAGGCAGGCCUCAGCCUUUCUCUAAAUAUCCUUCCUGUUUUUCUGCCUACUUUAUUUCUACUCUCUGUAGCCUCUGUAUGUACCAGUAUAAGAUGAUGAUGAUGAUUAUUAUUAUGACAUCUUUAGGACUUGUUUGGCACUCUUAUUGCUGCAGUUGCCUUUUGACCCAUUCAAUUAUAAUAAUUUCUGUAUGUCUAUAAAACUUGCACAUGGAAUUUUUACUGCUAUUUUUGACUGCUUCAGUAGUUACCCCAUUAAUACUGACUUUUAUAUUUUCAAGACUGUUGAGAGUUGGGGACGUUUGAGAAUAAGGAGUGCUUUUUCAAGUACAUUUUAAUAAAAAUUAUCUGAUAGUGAAUAAAAAAAAUGUAAAUAGUAAUUAUUUGAUGCUCAAAUGAACUAAUCUACUUGUCUUAAACACUGGCUGCUUCAUUUUGAGUUGACUUUUGAUUUUUCUGUUCAACAGAGCACUUCAUCUUGCAGUUAUCAACUCACAGCAAGAAGUGAUGCAGUGUCUUGUUGAAGUUAUGGCUGGACUGCCUGAAACCUUUGUCAAUGAAUUUAACUUUUUAAGACAAGUAAGCAGUAAUUAUUGUUUUCUUACACUGUUGUUACAGUAUAGUAGCAUUGUAGUAAAAAAGAAGAAUUUUAUAACAUAGCGCCAGAAACUCGAAAUGAGUUUCUGAUAGCGCGCAUGCUUGCCCUAUCUACAUAGGUCCUUUUGAGUACCAACUUGGGAAGUUAAAAAAAGUCUCGUGCUCCCUAAACGCUUCAAGUGCAUCUAUAACUCGUUAUACGCAUGCUACAGUGUAAGCAUGAAACGAUUCUCAAAAAAACCUGCUUCAUUGAGUGUCACUGUAUCAAGAAUGAAUUAAGGUCUAAUAAGGGCACUCUUGUUACACUGAUCUUAUCCCCAGCUAAAGAUGGCAUGGCCAUUCCUAAGAGGUCAUUAAAGCCACUCUUAAUGCAAGCCAUUUUCAGGCAAAGGGUAGAACCUUCUUCCCUGGUUUUUUCAAGGACACCGGUAACUGGUUUCACUCCAGGAAUUAAACCCACAACCCUGUGUAGUUACCAACUAAGCCAACCCAGUCAUGGUCAAAGUUAAUUCUAAAUCGGGUCCUGAUCAAGUUUGCCUCUAGUUUGUCACAUUCAUAAUUCUGAAAUCAGCCAGUCAGUCAAUCAGUUGGCCAGUUAUUUACUCUGCCUGAGGUCCUGUUAGGGUCAAAUUCCAACUAGGACAUGGCCUUGAAACAUUGACAUACAGUGUAAGGUAUGUGAAAUGCGGGCAACAUACCACACAAAGAUGGGUUGAAAAAAACUGCGACUGUGACAAAAAUUAGUGCAAAUACAUUGGUAAACUACAGACAGGGACAUGGCUUUCUCCUCAAUAUGCAAAGCAAAUGGUUUUGAAAUUCAGACUAAGGACAUAUAAAGAAGGCCUUGCCAGAAAAUCCAUAGUCAGUAAAUGGUUUCGUCAGUCAUUCCUGAUCUUUCAUCCAGUCAGUUAGUUAGUCAGGCAGCCAGUCAGUCAUUAAGUCAUGUUAAUCAAUCUUUCUUCGCUGCCCUUCAGCUAAUCAAUAAUAAAUUGCCAUGAAAUAUUUACUCUCCCCAGACUCCUCUCCACCUGGCUGCCAUCACCAAACAGCCCCAUGCUCUUGAUUGUCUCUUAAGAGCUGGUGCGAAUCCCAGGCUGCGUGAUCGGCAUGGCAACACUGUUGUGCACAUUGCAUGCACUUAUGGAGAUGGUGCCUGUCUGAAAGCACUGUUGAAUCACAGUGCACCAAAAACUGUGCUUAAUCUUCAAAACUACCAAGGCGAGUGCUUUUAGGAAUAUUCGACAUGUGAAAAGCCUGGGCUACUUUAAACCUUCAUGAACUAAGGCCUCUUGUAUAAAACAGGGUAAAAAAGGUUUUGUCAGAGUUUGAAGACCUCAGUGGCACAACCCUACUUAAGCUUCUACUGUGCGCCCCAGCCUCCUGGGUAGAGAUUUUGCAUGGGUGUUACAAAUGUGAAUUUUCAAGGGAUGAUAUUCGAGGGAUGCCAAAUUCCAGUUGUUUGAAAGUAACAGGGGAUGGAGGGUUUUGUAGAGGAGGUGUGGGUUUUUCCUGGAACGACUCAUCUUGUGAUGUUGCAGAGUUCAUUAGUUACCAAAAUUGUCGAAAAUAAGGCAGUACUGAUAAUAUUUAAUUUUGCUUUCAGGUUUGACUCCAGUCCAUCUAGCAGUGUUGUCAGGCAGCAAAGAUGCACUGAAACUUUUGAACUUUGCAGGUGCCAACCUGAGUGCUCAGGUGUGAAAAGUUUUCAUAUUUUUUCAGACUGGCCAUUUUAAGUUUAGGCUGUGUGACCACAUUUCAUAGUCAUCACCUUUUCAGCGUUAGUCCUUGGAAGUGGCCAAAAAAUGAUUUUAAAUAACAGUAUUAAAAUACCAUCGGUUAUGUAGCAUUUUCUCACGUAAGUCUACAAAACUGACGGUGUUUACCGUAGUUUUAAAUCAGGUGGUUCGGUUUUUCUGCACCCCAUUUGCACUUACAUUCUGAGUGUAAAUCCGCCAUAUUGCGCGCAAUUUACACGCGUGUACUGUAAAUGCUGCAAUUCCCGUGGCCAGUGGUGUAUCCCGGCCAUGCUUUAUAGUAUGAACGUUUGAUUAUAUUUGCUGUUCUCUGUCAGGAUGGUACAAGCGGAAAGACCCCUCUUCACUAUGCAGUAGAACAAGACAAUCUUUCCUUGGCUGGUUUUCUCAUUUUGGAGGUUAGUUUUCCUUGUCUAAUUGCAUCCGGGUAGUAUCACCUGUGACUGAUGCGACAGGGUCCGACGAGCUAUGGGUUUGGGUGGGCAAUGGUUUCGCUGGAAUAUUUUAUCACUAUUAUUUACUAAAAUUCUUUAAUCUUUGUGUUGCAUGAACAUCAUAUCAUAUUGUUAUUACGGUAUGUUUUAAAUCUACUUUUUUGUGCAGGAAACUAACAGAAUGGUGAUAAAAAUUAGACAAAUUUUUCAGGAUUGAUAGAAAUAACCGCGUUUCUGGUGAUUUCAGAAGCUCUAAAUGUUAAACUUUUCGAGGAGAACAUGCCCACGAACCCCUCCUAGAUAAGCUCGAGCCAUCGGCGCUCACUGAAGCCCACCAGUCUAAAAUAUGCUGCGCAGUCCCUGCACUAUUAUUAAUCCAUUAAACUGCGCUACCCUUUACUGUUAUUAAUCGAACCGUUUGGAACUAACUUUCAGGGCAACUGUGAUGUAGAUGCGUCCUCAUUUGAUGGCAACACCGCGCUUCACCUAGCUGCUGGAUACGGACUCAAGGGACAGACCGCUUUACUUGUGGCUGCUGGAGCAGACACAUCCUUACAGAACUCUGACGAAGAAACUGCUUUUGACUUGGCUAACGUAGCUGAAGUAAGGUUUUGUCAAUGUCAACAAAAUAAUUGAGAAAACAGAAAGCACUAUAUAGAGAAAUGCCUGUUGAAGAGUUGGAAGUAAGAUUUGAAAAAAAGGUGUUCAGAAAUUGUUUUCCAAUGUAGUCCUGUUCGCUAUGCAUCGUAUGAUUGCUUUACCUUGACUCUCUUAUCAAUGAACGGACGCCAAUACGCCGAAAGAAUAGCUUAAACUACGAUAAAGAAAAAGGGGGUGAUCCUGUAUUGAUUUUAAAGCUUCACCCCCGUGGCUAGCCUUUUGGCUCUUGACCCACACUUAAUUUGGGUUGGAAAUCUUAAUUUUACGUCCACAGUAAAUUAAAAAUCUCGACCCUGUCAUUUUGUAUCCUUGUAACUGAAUUAGUUUCUACCAUAUGAUUUGUCUCCAGGUUCAGGAAAUAUUAGAUGAAGAUGAAGCACUAAGUACCGAUCCUUCUCAAGGUAGGCAACGAACUCGUAGAGUCUUAGCAAUGCGGCACGUUCGAUACUGUUGUGGUGAAAGGUUUUUUUUUUUUUUUAAUCUUUCGGAUGGCUCCAUCACAAAUGCCAAAAGUGCGGUGUCUUUAAUUGCGAAUUACCCGACAGGUGUCUGAAAAAUGCGGUCUGUGCAAAAUCUAGUAGUCGUUACUUACUUGUGCAAGACUUUGCAAGGGACCGAGCAUUUGAGACGUCUCCAAUACUGCUACAUGGGUUGGGUCCUUCUUCAGCGCCAUUUACAGACGUUGUGAGGUGACUCAGUUAAAGGUGGCACCCAAGACGUCAUGUUGAACUGACCUGAUUCGCUUAUUUAUAUUUCUAUUUUUCAGAUAUAUCCGCUGGUGUGGCGAAUAUGAAACUUGGCCAAGGUUGGUGUCUUUACUCAAGAUUUGUUGAAGAAUUAUCAGCCCUUGAUCAAUUAAUUUUACCCCAAAACCUUGCUGAUACGUGAAUAAAUCGCCGGGAGCUUUUUAAGGGGAGCGUACCUAACUCUCGUUCGGCCGUCUGCGUCCCUUGGCUUAUCUUGUCUAUUUAAGUACAUGAUAUAGCAUUAUAUACAUAUCACAUUGAUAUUUUCAGGUGACCUGGACAAGCUAGACCCGUAUGUUCGACGGAAAAUGGCUCAAAGACUAGACAUCCCUACUGACGCGAACUGGCGUGAGUUAGCCAGGAGGCUGAAGCUAGGUACAUUAGAGAGGGCGUUCGAAAUACACACGAGUCCAACCAUUCAGGUGCUGGCUGAAUAUGAGGUAUGUAGUCAGCUCUUUGAUGCGUCAGAUCGACUGUGGACAUGUCGCAAGUAUUGCUUUGUAACAAUUAUGGCUGGUAUCUCUGUGGUGAUGAAAAGUGCGCGUCACACCUCAGUCCGAUCAUAGAGUUGUUGAGACUGGCGCGUCACCAAUCAGUAGACACGGAAGCUGUGGGAAUGUUUUAACGCAAACCUCCACUGUUACAACAAGUUGACAAGUUGACAUUACACUGCUGAAAAUGAAGCUUUAAUUUUAAUUCUAUUCCCAAUCAGUGGAUAGAAAAUUUGGAUGGCUAUUGCUGGAUUUGAAUCCUGCCAUCUGGCUUUAAAUGUUUACGGAAUAAGGCUAUAUUCCAAUUUUUUUGACCUGUUGCCCCCAAACAUUGCGUUGCCAAAUUUGGUUGCUCCGGGCGAUUUUCACUUAUUCCUUUCCUUCUUGUCGCAGUCGUUGCAAACAAAGGAACCUCAGUUUAUAAUGAAAUCGGAAACCACUUGACGUCGAAAAAUUUCAAAAUGGCAGCUCUCGAGAAAUUUAGAGACGAAGACAGAGGCUAUUCAGAAGUACAUAAAGUCAUUAAAGGGAGUUAUAACUGUUAUAUGCUAACCUGUAUUUCCUAUGUUCGUUUUUCCCAGGCUGCGGAAGGAACUAUCAAGACUUUAAGUGAGGUACUUUUUGACAUGCGCAGAGGAGACGUGUUAGACAUCCUUGAAGGCAGGCAUGACUCCGGCUUUGACUCAGGGUUUGGAUCCCAGUCUCUCUCCUUCAACAAAUCAGAAGGUAAUGUUUGUGCCUCCAUCGAUUUGGAAUUAAAAGACGUCAUUUUUGGACCUUUGGGUUUGUUACAACAAUUCUCCAAUUGCAAAUUACUACAGGGCUUUCUGAGUUACCUUGGGAGUCCCCACUGGUAUUGACUGGUGAUUUUUAUCCACAUUUGUGUGCAAAUAAAGAGAAAAACCAAGCAUAUAUCAUUGAAAUUGGCUGUAUGAGUGGGUGAUGAGUAUAAAAAAUGCCGCAUAAGGUCAUCAAUAUUCCAAGUGGUUAACCAUGUCACCAAACUAAACCGUUCGGUGAUAUAACGUUAAUACAUUUCAAGAUAGCCAGAAAUCAGUUUUCAUUCUCUGGCGGAUUUACUCACGAGUGAAAUAAUUAAACGAAAAUGUUUAAAAAGAACAUCAAAGCAUUUUGCUAUGUUGAUUUGUUUCUUUCUAAGAAAAUCGAAUGGCCCCGAGUAAAAGGUGUUAAACAGUAGCUGUUUCUUUUUAGAAUUGACGUCUUACGGAGCAGGAAUCUCUGACGUCUCGUCUGGUUCUUCGCUACGAAAAGAAAAGGCGACUUUUGAUCCGUCACGGAAGGCCGGACACUUUCGACCGAACAGACUGCACCAAGAUGUGUUUUAACUACGAGCUGUGUUUUAGUAUUAAAUACCUAAAUGACGAAAGUUACGAAACUUAGAGGUUAUCCAGCAUUUGUGGCAUCGUGUAUAGUAUGAGACAGUGUUACAUGAAAAUGUGUUUUGUGCCACACAACGCAAGGUAAAAUCUCUGCAUACAACCGUGAGAUAGUCAUUAGUCCACAGGAAACUUUUCUUGGUGUAUUGUUGAUUGGAGUUUGGUAUUGUUCACCGAGUGUCUUCUGUUAUAUUAUCGAUCGCACCUUCUGCAACACCAAUUAACUGCCCUACUAGGUAGAGUCAGACAUUUGUAGAGAUUUAAUAUGUCAUAUGAAUAUCCUACAUUAUCGCCAUUGUUCAUAUAGAUAACUAUCAAUAAAGUAGAAAGUCAGCGAUUGCUAUUUAUUUUAAGAGUCGAUUCAAGACAAUCUGUUUUCGAAUGGACAUCUCUUCUUAGUUAACAACAACUCAAAAUAGCCAUUAUCAAAGCUUUAGUAUUUUCUACGGAAAUGAAAUGGGCUACUUUAAAUGUGAAAGACGUUCAUAUCCGUAGAGUAUUUGCCUACCUGAAAACUGUGUGGAAAAUAGGCAGUUGACUGUCGUGAAGUGAAGUGAAUGUACUCUGCGUAACCGCUCCCUGAGGGACCAAACUUAAAUCUACCAUAAAUAAAAAUUGGAGUUGGGAGACCAGGCAAGGAUCAUCCGAUCAUGGAAGGGAGAAAGUGAUGGGCCAUGGGGCGUGACAACAUUUUAGUAACAAAACCUCUGAAACAUGGUGAUUCCAUGAGGUCAAAUAAUGUGGAGAUGGCUAGAGCGGGGAUAUUUACCGUCAGUUCUUUUAAGGCAAUUUAAUUUUGGGGGGGUAACUGGCAUUGUAGGAUUUUGAUCUCCCCAAUACAGUUGAACCUCUCCUCAAGGGCCACCCUUGGGACAGAAGAAAGUGGCCGCUAGUAUGGACUGUCUGCCAAGAAAAUUCACUGAUUUGGCUUUGAUCGUAGUGGCAUUUCUAAAGGUGAUAGAUGGACUAUCUAUGCAGAUGAAGUGUCCUAGUACCUCUUAAGAGGAUAAAUAGAUGUAAUAAGCGAAAUAUUCAAAGUUAUAGUAGGCAAAAACUUUGUGCACAACCAGCUCUGCUGGCGUAACUUGGUGUCAAACAAAAGUUUUUAAAAUUUUGACUAGCCCUUUUCAUUUUUCUGAGCAGUGUCUCACGGCGUUUAAAGUUGUUAAGAGCAACCAACGUAAAUGUUAUUUAAGCCUGGUAUGCCCUCGUAACCUGCAUGACAAGCCCAAGGAAUUUAUGCAGAGAACUCCAGAGUAGCUUUGUCACAGGUUAUUUCUAUUGUUAUUGAAAAUUAUCUUCUUUCUAUCGAUGUGAUUUGAUUUUCAUUAGUUAAAAGCCUGAAAUAGAAUUUGUUUGUGUUGUUUUGUAUACGUAAAUAAUUUGAGCCUGAGAAGGUAAAAAGUAUGUAUCCACGAGAAAAAGAUGACAUUAUUGUUGACGUACUUUCAUAAAAAAAUCCAUUAAACACGAACCUACAAAAUUUUAACUCAAAGAGUAAAACAGUUAGUUGAGUUUUAAAGUUAGCGUAAAGUUUCUAUUAUAUCUUCAUGUCUUUUGGGAAUUAAAGUGUUGUAACAU